UCGACAGUCUGAGGUGACCCAGUCUCCCCGCCGGCCGGAUACUCGCGCUUGUCGUCGUCGCCCCGUCCGUGGCUCGCCAUCGAUUUUUCCCGGGCCCCCCGGUCCCCGGUCCGCGCCAGUGAUCUUUUGUGCGUUCCGUCGUGCGUUUUUCGGUGCAUUUCGGGCUCUGUGCAGUGCUCCCCGCGGCCUUUGGAUUGCGUCCGCCCCCGCCCCCGCCGCCCACUCACGCUCAGGUAUUGAUGUUCGUCCCUGUGUGACGGCCCGCUCGCCUCCAGCAAUGCUGCGUUGGAGCUAAAUUUGGUGGACUCGCAGCGCUUUGACCCAGGAUAAUCUCCAAGUGACAGUGACUUCGUCUGGAACGUGUGCUUGCCCAGUGAAAGAUAGAAAAUAGUACGGUAUGUGUUGCAGUAGUGCGUUCCUCCAGUUCCGAUCGUAUUUUCCGCCGGGGAACGAUUCAGUGCGGCAUACCAUCCACUAACGCCCUCGUACCCAGUGGCAACUCCAUUGUGUUCAACCUUAAUUAUUAGUUAUUCAGUGUAAAUAACGGAUUAUCUACUUCUCUUCUCCUUUCGACGGGUUCACCUACAAUCUUGAGAAAUGGGGUGCUUCGGAAGCAAAGACAAACUGUCAAAAGAAGACAUGGAUUUUUUAAAGUUGCACACACGAUACGACGAAGCAACGAUAAAAGAAUGGUACAAAGGAUUUAAGCAAGACUGUCCAAACGGGAGACUAACUCCUGCCAAAUUUGUCGAUAUGUAUAAGAUGUUCUUUCCCAGUGGUAACGCUGAAGAAUUUUGUGAUCACGUCUUCCGAACAUUCGAUAUGGACAAAAAUGGUUACAUCGAUUUUAAGGAAUUCCUGUUGGCUAUCGAUGUGACCUCAUCCGGGACUCCGGAAGAAAAAUUAAAAUGGGCGUUCAGAAUGUACGACGUCGACGGAAAUGGUGUCAUAGACAUUCACGAGAUGACGAAAAUCGUUCAGGCAAUCUACGACAUGCUUGGAGCAUGUUCAGCAAACCGACCUGCUGAUUCUGCGGAAGAACGGGCACGAAACAUUUUCGCAAAAAUGGAUGAAAACGGUGACGGCCAGUUGACACAAGAUGAAUUCCUCAAAGGCUGCUUGCAAGAUGAAGAACUAUCCAAGAUGCUUGCACCAUAAUCAAACCUACGACCAUGGGACUCAUUACCCAUGUUUUUCUUCAAUGUAUCAAACGUUACUUUAAGCAUCUCAAACAUUGGGAUAACUCAAAAGCAUGUUCGACCUAUACCUCCAAGAUGGCCGCUAAGACCGCCAUGUUAAGAAUUUUUUCCUCUAGAUGAAAUUGUUCUGGCAAAAUUGUAAGCUCAACAUCAUGCCACACGUAAUAGGUGUUGAUAAUGAAUGAGGUUUCAUUCAAUCAGAGUUACUUUUUUUAUUAGUUUUUCUUGUCAAGAUAAGACUGCAGACAUUACAUUCUAUCGCACAAGAAUCACUGCAGUCUUGUCUGGAUUCAUUCUUCACAGAAAGUUCGUAAAUGUUUUACUUUGGUUUGCACACGAAAUUAUUAAUGAUUUAUGCGACUGUGAGGACAGAGAAAACAGCCUUAAAGAGACUAAUGUCAUUUGAUUUCACCAAAGGCCUCAUUUCAGCUAAAUAGGGAUAGGUAUGGGAGAGGGUGGAAAAACGUUCUGGCAGAAAAUGAAAAAUUUGCCUGAAGGAGAGGAGCGGCUCCUAUAAAAAAUCAUCAUUAAUACCCUAAACUUGAUCAAAACUCUAUCAUUAUUGACUCCUAGAAUUGCAUUAAAGUUCUCUGGUGAAAGAAAAACAUUUUAAAGCGAGAAGAGGAACUAAAACAUCCUGUUGAAGAUGCGUUAUUUCAGCUUAGAGUGAUAGAGUUGAGGGACAGGAUGCUUAUCAAUAUGUUAAUUUUAUUUUCUUUUGACUGUAGUCAUUUGCCCCUCACCAUGGAAUUAGCUGUGGGCUAAGGUUUUUUGCAUCAUAAUUCGUUGACAUCAGUAUUGACACAUGAGUUCUGACGUUGUGCAAAAAGAAUGAUCUCUGCCUCAUUAUCGUGUCGCAACUCUUCAUAAGGGCGCGCAAUUUCAAACGUGCGCGCUGAAAAUUAAAAUACGCGCCGUUGUUGGCCUGCCUCCGAUGAUUGGUGACUGGUGAUAACGUAAACAUUGGCCCUAACCUCAACAUUUGUUUUGAUUUCGUCUAUCGACUGUCUCUGUCUAGGUGUUCGUCUCCUUUCUCUAAAUAAUAUUCAACGAUAAUUUUUCUUUUGCAAUCUCUGAAUCUACUUCAGACUUAAGCAUCAAGGAAAUUUCUGAUUUUUCAAAAUCAUUUAUCAAGUUCAUCCCAGGCGCUUUACUUUUGACUAUUGUUUGAUUCAAUGUGAGUACCUAUCUUUUUUCUUGAAAAUUAAGUUUUCGCUCGAAUUUCAUGUAAUUAACAUCGCACAGCCUUGGUGUAGGUCUGUACCCUAACAAACUUCUGAAAUUCAAAUUUAAAGGAAGUUAAGAGCCUCCCAGUUUCAUUUUGUGGUAUCGUUUUUGUACCUAGGUGGCGAAUCUUCACUAGACUCAUUCCAAAUUGUCCGUAAAGUUUGCAUCUUGGACCAUGCAAAUGUAUAUCAUCAUCUGAAGUAUUAUCUGUCUGGUUUUGAACUGGAACGCACGCCUAUUUUUAACCUUAUACUGGGUAUCUCGUAAAUGUUCAAAGUUACCAGAAUAUGCCCUGCGUUUUUGAGUAACUAUUACUUUUUGUGAUGAGGACAUUUGCAUGCACGGUCAUGAAUCUAGUAAAAAGCUCAUGAGCUAAAGGUUUUGCUUGCGCGCAAAUUUUCAUCGCAGGAUACCUAUUGAUGGUUGGUUGAAUUUUACUCAUACUUAGAGCUGGGGCGCUGUUUUGUUGAAUCAGUAACACUCAACAGAUUUAACAUGUGAAUUCAUAAAGCAACCUCAGUUAGUAUUCUUAGAUGCAAGAUUUAAAAUAUAUUUUAACAUAAUCUACGAGAGCUUCAAAAGUCCCUCUGAGUAAUGCUAAUUGAAGCGUAAUUUCUUCCUAUGUAUGUAAACAUCAAUCUCCCACUGGACUUCUGAGUGAAGUGCACUGAUUUUCAUGUUGGAGGAGUCAUAUUUACUUAAUAAAUAAAUUAUGAACAUUUCUGAUGAAUAACCAUCCACAAAUUUGAAAAGUAUGAAUAAUCCUCUUGCCCUAGUAAUCUAGUAGAUUUUCAUCACGUGUUUUAGAAACAUGAUUGUGCAAGAAGUAAGUCGACCAAAACCUAAGAAAAAAGGAGCUCAUCUAUUACUUAUAGCACUCCUUCAAGAUCAAUGGUUAUUUUAAAACUUUUAAGGCACCAUACCAAUUAUCAGGAUGUUAAAAUACUAAUCUAAACGAAACGUGUUCAAACUUAAAAUGUGGUGAGAAUAAAGUGAACUUCAUAAGUAGUAACCACAAGACAAACUGGUGUCAGUGAUUAGAGUGAGAUUAAGUACUUCUUGUUUUGUCGGUGGUUAUCAUUCACCUAUUUUUAAGUUUGAACUUCUUUUUUAAAAUAAUUAGUAGGUAUCUUCAAGCCCUAACAGUUGGAAAUGAACCUAGAAAGUUGAGGCUUCGUUAGUAAUCCACAAAGGAUGUCUCGAUGUGUCUUUUCCUUAGGCCUUUAUUAGCCUCAGUCAACCUAUCUCUCAAAUUAAAAAUGACUUGCAAACAACUAAACCAAAUGAUGUAAAUUUCCUUUGUGUUUAAAUUAAAUGAAUAUGUGAUCUCGAGUACCAGUAUUUACAAUCUUUGAAAGAGAGCCGGUUUGAAUUUAAAUUCAAAUUUUAAAUAAUCAGUUAUAUGCCUAUGUCAACAAUUCUUUACCCCGAAAUUGUCUAAAAGUAAGGUGUUUUAAGCAGCAAAAGGUUGUCUCUAAAGCAGAGCAUUGUUUGAACAUUUUUGAGUUACCCGCCUCCAAAAAAAUAUGUAUCCAUUAACCAAUUAUCAUUGAAAGGAGGGAGGUAUCGAUGCUUUUUGAGUUGAGCGAAAAUUACAGCUUAAGUAUUUCAAAAAACGAUAGCACAGCAUUUUACUCUCUUCAUUCUUCUGUUUUAUUUUUAUUUGAUUUUUUAAUUAAAAAACCUGUAUAUAUUUAUAGUCAUGUAUAUUUUUAAUGUGGCUGCACAAAAACUCUGCGCUGAUAUCCGUUUCUUUAUAGUUGCACUCACUAUUUUUAUACCUUUAAAUACUUCUACUAGAAUAAGAUCAUCUGUUCAUCACCCCUAUACUCUUCCUCGGUAUAGCUCCCCUCCGUUCGAGUUUUCAAUGUACCCGUACUUGUUGGAGCAUUAUUUUGUAUUAUCUGAUUUCUCCAAACAUGCCCUCCCCCUCUUUCAAUCAAGUUUUUUUUGUAGGUGUCACUCUCAUGAAUUAAAUCAUGCAUAAUUUUUCAUCUUAAAACGUUCAAGGUAGUGAGUGGAAAACCCUUGUGAGUAGUAAAAUGAUGUUCAAGAAAAUCACAUUCAAAAUUUUCAAUCGUUGUUGUCAGGCUACCUUUUAUCAAAAAUUAUCAGAUAUCUGCUCAAAAAUAAUGCCACAGUUUCAAUAUUUCGUGUCAUUGUACUUGCAUCAACACUAAAUAGGUAUGCAAAAUUCAGUUUUCUGGAGAGAAGACAGCAGUUUGCUUUUAUCAUUUUUCCAUCUACAUCUUUAUACAAGUUUCUGUGUAAAACCAUGCUACUACUGUUGUCAUAUUGGCCUGAGUCCAGUUAACGUUUGACGUCAGUUUCUUACUACCAGCGUUCCUUUGUCUAUGUGAGUCUCGAAAACUUUCAUUGCAGUUACGCCUUUUUCCUAAUCAUCAAAUCCUGCCAUCUGCACUGUGUUUAUAGUAGGAAAUUAUUUCAUCCCUUCCUUCAUCGUUUACAUGUUUUGUUUGUUAGUAUUUGAAAACUCUCUUGUUGCUCUAAGAUUGGGUGUAACUGUCGUUUUUCGCUUGUCCAGAUGAAAACAGUAACUCUCUUGACAUUAUUCUAAGUUCCUCGAUUGUAUCAGUAUGAAACGUUAAAUCUUCCGAUGCUCAAGAGGUUUUAAAUACGUACCUCUUUUUUUAAGAUUUCCGUGUCCAAAAAUCUAUCGCUUGAAAGUUGUUGUGGAGCCCUGGACUAUGCACUUAAAGAUUCAAGAUUUGUGUAGCGCAUGUGAAGACAACCAUGUUCUCUUGUAAAGUUUACGGGUUCCAGUUAUGACCAAAAACCGUUUAUCAUAGUUUUUCUUGCUCCCAAGUUGGGAAGAGAAUGUAUCAAUGCAUCGAAUCACUCUCCUGUUGUUGUAAAUAAAUUAUUUUGUACGCAAAUUUUUGUACAGGUGUCAAGUUUUUCUUGUCACCCUCAAAAUUCUUUUGCUGUAACACUACAUGCUUAUCUAUCUUUAACCACAAAAAAAAUGCACGACCUAUGAAACUUUUAAGUACUUAACGUACUACUUCUGUUGAGGUACUUUCAUUCACAUUUUUCUCAAGACUAAAGAAGAUCAGCUUUAAAUGUUUUCGUCCGAGCUAUCUCAUGUGUUCUUAGUUGUAUCAAAAUCAUUUUAUAACUAAAGCAAAAGAUAACUCUUCUUUGAAGAUUUUUUUUUCAAACAGUUCAUUUACCUUACAUAAUCAUUUAUUUCACCAGGAAAUGUACUAAAUCAUGUUCCAAAAUAUGCACUCUUGAAAUUGUGUGUUCUCUACCUAAUUUAAAAAUCAUUAAUAUUACCAAUACAUGAAUGUGUGAUGAAUUUUGUGUAAGUCUUAAGCUCUUGCACUUUUCUCAGAAUUUUUAAGGAUUUGAAAUAUUUGCAGUCCGUAGUCUUAAAAUGUGAGAGGCUACAAGGGAUUUUUUUUUUAAAAAAAAUCUUACACGAUUAUCACUUAAUCUCUUGAACAUAUCUGUUGAAUGACUGUGGUGAAUUCAAAGAUUUCUGCUGAUUCUUCCUCCCGAUUUUAUUCUCAACACUUGUUAUGGACAAGCAAAUAGCACCUGUACCUAAAAUAUUCCAGUCAUGGUCAAAACUUCAUGGAAAGAGGGGUGUUUCAUGGCACUUCAGUAUUCUAUUCAGUAAGUUUAGGAAAAUGAUCGGCACUUUAAAAUUGUCCAUUCUGCAAGAUAAUCUCGGAUUAUAUCAGUUCUUGUCAUUAAGAAUGGUGUCAUAUCUUGGUGUCCAGUUAAAUUUUUUUCCUUUCACGUACAUGCUUGAAAAUGCCAGUAAUUUUAAGCAUAGUCAUUAGCAUCACUUCUUGUCAAUCUUUCCAUGGAAAUUAUUCUCCUAUUUCUCAUCUCUCCUUUUUUGCCAGGAAUCUUCCCUGCAUAGCUCUGUUCUUAUCACUUCAUUAUCUCAUGUACAAUAAUCAUCUGUGCUGUAAAUAACAAUUAUGAUACUCUUAGAUGAUACAAUAUUUCUUAUCUUUCAAUUUUACCAAUUUUUACGUUAUCUUUUUCUAUUAAUUAAUAUAGGUAUCAUUUUGUUCACAUUCUCCGUAAGUCUUUUCGCUUUUUAGACUUAUUUGACACCAACAUUCUUAUCAAAAGUUACCUGUCAGUUGAAAACAUUUGUAGAAAGGGAUGUUUAGUAUUUUUCCUGCAAUACUUUCACGCGCAAGAUGCAAGCGCUAAAAACGAUUGUUUUUAAAAUUUUUAAGCUGAACCAGUGCUUUCAGCUUUUUACUUAUUAUUUAUCAAAGCACGCUCUUGACAUGACAGUUUUACCAAAGGUACAUAAAUGUUUACCCAACAGAUUUUAGACAUGAAAUUCAUGGAAUUUAUGCACAAAUGACUUUUUAAAAGAAAUUGAAACUACUUGUCAUGUAACAAAGAGGCAAGUGAUUGAGAAUUUACCAAACAUAAAGUAAUACAAUGUCAGUUUUCUUAAUUUGUCACAAUAAUUGACUCUCUGACUGCCAAACUUUCAUGUUUUAUCUUUCGAUCCAGCAUUUAUCUUUGCACAAUUAUUGACAUGAGUGUUUUUAUACACUAUUUAUCAACGCACAUCGGUUAGCUAUCAGGCUCAUUUGUUCAGAAUUGGCUGCCGUUCGUUCAGCACUCAAUCAACUGCCUGCUCCUAAACCCUGUAUUAUCCUGAAAUCUCCAGUCUCAUUUGUCUCUAAGAGAAAAUAACUUCAUGCAAGUACCAAACAGCCCUUUCUUUCUUUACUCUCUUAUUUACCAAUCUAUGAUCUGAUUUUAUUUUCUGAAAAUUACCUAAUAAAAUCUAGUUGCUAAUCGAAUGUUGUGAAUAAUAUUACGAUGUUACGUGAUUUUUCUUUCUCAAAUCUUCAGUCUUUGUCAAGUACUUGCUUUGGUUUACAAUUAUUUUUGUUUUUAAUGUUGCUAUACAUUUGUUGUCAAUUUUACCAAACUAUAAAUACAUAAAAAAUUUUGCCUCUUUUAUAAA